GGGGGUGGGAAAUAGUCCGUUGGCCUUAAAUAUAUCCAAAUCAGUUCGAAAUGCUCUCUCUUUGACUUUGAUUUCUUAAACCCUAAUUAUGGAGCAUCUCAUUAAACAAGAAACCCAAAUUCAAAUUUAGUUUUUUUGCUGAUUAUCGACUUCAAAAUUCGAUUUUUCAACAGAUUCUAAGACAAAAUAUGGGAGAGAACUCGUCAGCGUCUGAAGAAAAGACUCAAAAGGCCAGGAAUCGGAUGACAAAUGUUUACAUCUGGGACAUGGACGAGACCCUUAUACUGCUCAAGUCUUUGCUGAAUGGAGCUUUUGCUGAGGCUUUUAAUGGUUCAAAAGAUGUAAAGAAAGGUGUUGAGCUUGGGAGAAUGUGGGAGGAUCACAUUCUGAAAAUGUGUGAUGACUAUUUCUUCUAUGAGCAAGUUGAGAACUACAAUAAGCCUUUUCUUGAUGCUUUGAAGCAAUAUGAUGAUGGUUUAGAUCUUUCUGGUUAUGAUUUUAACCGAGAUGGGUUUAGUCCUGAUGAUCCCUGUUUCAAGAAGCUAGCAUACAGGUUCCGAGCUGUUGGAUAUAAGUAUAAACAGGGUUUGCAAAGUAUUUUUGAUCAAGAAAUGUUGAGUUUCUUGGAUGAAUUGUAUAGUAUGACUGACGAAUAUACAGAUAGAUGGCUAUCCUCAGCAUUGGCUUUUCUGGAGCAGUGUUCAAGUGGAGAAGAUAACGCAACUUCUUCUUUUAGUUCAAGCAGUGGAAUCACUGACUGCACUAUUGCAAAAUUCCAACAUGUAAAUAUUUUGGUGACUUCUGGAUCAUUGAUUCCUAGCCUUGCAAAAUGUUUACUCUUUCGACUUGACAAUUGGAUAGCGCAUGGAGACGUUUACAGCUCAUGGGAAGUGGGGAAACUCCAGUGUUUUCAAUGGGUCAAGGAACGUUUUAACGAUCCAAAUGUCCGGUUUUGCGUAAUUGGAGAUGGAUGGGAAGAGUGUGAGGCUGCACAAGCAAUGCAAUGGCCAUUUGUAAAGAUUGAUCUGCGACCUGGCAGUUCUCACAGGUUCCCAGGCCUCUCUCUUAAAACAAUAGGGUACUAUUUUUCUGUUGUGUAUGGAAAUCAAGACGCUGAAAAUGAUGAAGAGUAAGUUAUCACACCAUCUGUAGUAAGCAAAGAUUUGCUUUCCCAGAUUUUUCUUUGUAUUAUAAAAUGAGAAGUGAUUAUUGGGAAUUGGAUGUCUUUGUGGAGAAAAGAAAUAAAUGUAUGAAUCAGGCCUAACCCUUCACCAGUGUUCCAUUAAUAUUAAAAUUAUAUCAAGUGGAUUUUCUUUUCC